GCCUACUCCGCUCUUUAGACACCUUCUACCAUGGAUGUCCCGUACGGUUCGUCGCCGGCCCCUCAAGUCACUGACAACACGGUGCCCAGCACUGAAGACGCGUCUACCGAAGCUCCUCAGGCACCUGAACCAGCCCAGCGCUCACCACCAGAGCCAAGCAGUAACCGAGACAAACAGCCUUCCCUACAAGAAAUCCUUCAAAUGACGUCCACGACAGUAACCUUCAUAUCAACCAUUACAACACUCUUUCAUGAGAAAGGGGAACAGAACACCUGCUUCAGAGAAGAGCUUAGAAGGAAAAUCCUCUUCACCGCCAUGAAUGCACACGCCUGGGCGAGCGCGAGGAUUGUGCACGAACACACGACUGCACGAGACACGCUAGAAACCGGGAUUCAGAAACUCGUGGAAGACGAGAAGGAUCAAGGCAGGUCAUCUUACCCUGUUCCCAAGUCAACGUUUGGCUAUGUUGAUUUCUUGUUGUGGUUACUAAUUAUCGCUCUUUUCCCCCCUCAAGAUCGCAUGCGCGCGCGUUUGUCGGAGAUGUUUGAGGCCAUCAACAACACUGUCGCCAGCCUGACCGGGCUUGGUUGA